CAACAGAGUACUUAGUUCGGACAACCCCCGACAUAUAAAAAGGUGCCCUUUCGUUGGUUCCUCACUAACUCAUCUUCAAAAGACGUUCAUCAGCCCCGUCCAACUUCUUUACUCUUUCUUUAUAACAUUUUCUCCAUUACACCGUCACUAUGCUUGCUACCACCGAACCCGAGGUGAAAGAUGCUUCACUGGAGGUUGAUGAAUCCACAAAACCUACCAUCGAAUCCCUCAAAGCCGCUGCAGCUCCCGCCAUCCAACAAGAGGUACCUAAAGACGAAGAGCAGCCCAAGGCUGGCGAAUCAGAGCAAGAAGAAGAGAGCGAGGAGGAUGAGGACAAGAUGGAAGUAGAUGACGAGGACAAUGUUGAUUUUGAGGAAGAGGAUUUGGUCGAAAUUGACGCUGCCAACAUUAUUGAAACCCGUACACGAGGGGUCAAGAUUGAUUUUGCUAAUCUGCCAGAGGAAGAGAAGAUGGAAGGUGAAGAGGAUGAUGAGGAUGAUGAGGAUGUGGUGUUGGAGGACGAGUAAUCGUUUCGGCGAGAUGGGUUGUUUGAUGGUUCUUGUUGGUAAUUCGGCUUAAAAAUGUCUGUGAAAUAUAGUCUUAUUUUCCUUUAUGAGACCCAUGGCUUCUGUCUGGUGUUGGUCCAAAAGUAACAUAAAAU